UAAACAAUCUGAAUAGUAGAGAGCAAUUAUUCGAAUCAAGAUGGUAGCUUUAUUUCGGUAAAUCACAGGCAGAGUAUAAAAACAUGUCCAAUUUGCAAAUUUGAAAUAGCUAUUAAGCUAGCUAAUAUUAUUUCAAGUUAAAUGGCAAAGAAAACAAAUGACAUGAGAGCAAAGCUAGAUAGCCAUACCCGAGGCACUAGAAUAUCACCUUCAGAAACUGUUAUAGAGUUGAAAAAGCAAAAAAGGAGAAGGAAAAAUUCUCUAACAUCUGGUUCUGGAUUGUUAAAUUCAGCCAGAGAUCUUAACAGACGCAGAACUUUUAUUUCCAGACAUUUUGACAAAAGAGAAUGCCUUAGAUAUAUUGAAGUCACAGAUAGAUCUGGCAACAAAAAGUGUGGUUGUGGUCUAACAAGAGUAAAACAUUCUAAAAAUACAAUCAUUAGCCAAGAUGCUGAGUGGACACCAGACAAAUGUACAAUAAGGAUACCAACAGAUGCAUAUGGAGAAAUCAAAUUUGAUGAUCAAACUAACAGCACUAAUAAACCUUAUGUGCGACUCUCCGAUGAUACAAAAGCUGAAGAUGUUAUUAGAAUUAUGACAGAGAAAUGGGAACUAGAGUUACCAACCUUGGUGAUAUCAGUUACUGGUGGAGCUAAAAGUUUUAAUUUAAAGCCACGUUUGAAAGAGGUGUUUAACAAGGGUUUGAUCAAGGUAGCUGUUUCCACUGGGGCAUGGAUUAUUACUGGCGGAACAAAUACUGGUGUAAUGCAGCAUGUAGGAGAAGCUGUAAAACAUAGGGGGAGCGUCAGUAAUGUUGGUCGUUCAAAUAUUAAUGUCAUUGGCAUUGCUCCCUGGGGAGUGCUGGAAUCACCAGAAAGUUUGAUAUCCAAGGAUGGGUUAGGGUUAUAUCCUGCAAAAUACAAGUGUUCUUCCCUUGACACAAGCAAGACUGGUUUGGAUCACAAUCAUUCACAUUUUCUUUUGGUGGACAAUGGAACGACAGGAGAGUAUGGAACAGAAAUACAACUUCGAUCAAGAGUUGAGAACGCACUAUCAAAGUGCAAAGUAAAAUCAAAAGCAGAAAAAAGUGCUAUUGAUAUUCCUGUCGUGAUCCUCUGUCUUGAAGGUGGACCAAAUACUAUUAAAACAAUGCUGUCAGCUAUUCAAAGUGGAACACCAGCUGUUGUGAUUGAUGGUAGUGGCCGGGCAGCAGAUGUUGUGUCUUAUGCAUACAAGCAUUUGAUAGAUGGAGGCCCAGGUAUUAGUGUAAUUGAUCCAGAAUAUGUUGAAGACAUACAAAAAAAAGUGGAAGAAGUAUUUGGAAAAGAUAAAAUGCUGUCUGUAUACAAUGAAAUUGAGGCAUUGCUCCGAAAUCAAAAAAUGAUAUCUGUGUUUCGACUUGAUGACAAUGUUGCAAAAAGUGAUAUGGAUUUGGCAAUAUUAAGAGCACUGCUCAAAGCCAACAAAGAAAAUAAGCUUAGCAAAACAAGUUUCCAAAUGCAACUUAAAUUAGCACUGGCAUGGAAAAGAAUAGAUGUUGCGAAAAGUGAAAUUUUUACUGAAGAUUUAAAACAGAAGGCCUUAACACAACAAGCUGAUACAGAUAGAGAUAAUAAUUAUGAGGUUCAAUGGUUGUAUGAAUCAAUGCAUGUCGCCCUUUUGGAUAAUAAGCCAGACUUCGUAGAGUUGUUUUUUCAUGAAGGUGUCAACCUUUCACAUUUUUUAACAUUGCAAGAACUCAAACUGCUUUACAAAGGAAUACCAGAAAAUACUGUGAUUCACUAUGUUUUUGAUAGUUAUACCCAACUGGAACGUCCUGAUGUAUUGGUAGAUAUGUUUGUAGUUGGGCAGGUUAUUGAAGAUCUAAUGGGGGAUCGGUACAAGUCAAGGUUUAAGACAGAUGCCUGCUACCAACAACCACUAACUUUAAGAAAAAGUUCUAAUCAUCAGCCUUUGUUGGAUAAUAUUGAUGAUGAUGACUCUAUUACCACACCACACAUGGAUUUAUUUAUGUGGGCAGUUUUAUGCAAUCGAAGGGAAUUAGCUCGAUUGCUUUGGCAAUGUACUCCAAAUAGUAUAGCUUGUGCUUUGAUGGCGUCAAGGCUUUUGCAGAGUUUAGCUGACUAUGCAGUGGACAAUAAGGAAUUAUCAGAUAUGGUGGAUGAUCUUUUAGACCACAGCAGAAGUUAUGAAUUAAUGGCAGUUGGCGUGCUUGAAAAGUGUCGGGAAGAGGACGAUAAAUUUGCCCAAGCACUUUUGGUUAAAGAACUGCCUGAUUUUGGUGGAAACUUAUCCAGUUUGGACAUUGCUGUGUCAGCAAAUAGUCAGGAUUUCAUUGCCCACACUAGUUGUCAAACUUUGUUUAACCGGUUAUGGAUGGGGGAGCUGUACAUUAACACAAAAACUGUAAAAGUCCUCAUAUGUAUCUUUAUGCCAUUCCUCAUUAACGUGUUGAUCACAUUUCAUGAAGACAAAGAAAAUGAUGCAGAAGAUGCUCUAUCAGAAAACAUUUACGCAAAUGAAAACACUAGUGACGAAAACGAAAACAGAUUAAAGGACUCCUUAAAUGGUUCAUCUUUAAUUGGUUCAGAGUAUUCUUUACAAAAAGAUUUUCAUAAUAGUGAAAGCCAAUUGGAGGAUGUACCAACAGAUGAGCAACAACGAGAUGAAGAAGAAGCGAUAGAUUGCCAUCAUGACGAAAUUGAUAUUUUGGGCAUACAAACUAAAACUGGAUAUUUUAAGAGAAUUGUUUGCUUCCAUGAUGCACCAUUUGUCAAAUUUGUGGUCAAUGUGUUGUCAUAUGCCUUCUUCUUGCUACUGUAUGCCUUUAUCAUACUGACACGGUUCAACAUCAAGCUUCACCCUGCAGAAUAUGUGCUCCAAGCAUGGGUGUUCACUCUUUUUUGUGAAGAGAUACGACAAGUGGUGACACAGGAACCAAAGAAUUUAUUAGGGAAAUUGGAAUUCUACUUCCUCGAUCCAUGGAACAUUGCAGAUACGGUUUCGUUAUUUGGUUUUAUUGUUGCUACAUCGUUGCGAUAUGUUGCAAAUACAUAUGAUAAUGUGGAAUUUUUAGUGGCAGCACGCAUAAUUUAUGCAACCGAUAUUGUGUUGUUUAUUAUUCGGUUGCUGCAAAUAUUUUCUAUCAACCGACACAUGGGUCCGAAGUUAGUUAUGAUUCGUAAAAUGUUGGAUGAUCUGGUGUAUUUCGUUGUCAUCUUGGCUGUAUUUGUUAUUGGAUAUGGGGUAGCAAAACAAGCUGUAUUAUUUCCAAACAGUGGAUUAUAUAAUGCUGUUGUUGGUGUGCUCAACAGACCGUACUGGCAAAUGUAUGGAGAAUUAUUCAUAGAUGAUAUAUUAGAAGACAAAGUGAACUGUACAACUGGUCUUCCAGUGUGCAUGCAGCCUGAUGCUGAGGAACCGUGUAUAGAUGAGUAUGGGAAAUAUGUAGCACCAGUCUACAUGGCGGUGUAUAUGUUGUUUACUAACAUUCUUCUUCUCAAUCUGCUUAUUGCUAUAUUCAACUACACGUUUGAGAAGAUACAAGAAGAUUCAGAUAAAGUUUGGAAAUUUCAACGAUAUGAUUUGAUAUCAGAGUAUCGCGACCGGCCAGCUUUGUGUCCACCAUUUAUAAUCGUUGUGCAUAUCUUCAGUGUACUUACGUGGAUAUUUCGGAAGUGCUCGUGCUCUAAACCUACUGAAAAACACUCCACGGAAACCAAAUUCUUUGCAAAUUAUGAUCCAAUGCAUCUGAUUGCAAGAGAAUUUGUGGCAGCGGAGACGUAUAUUUACGAAAGCACAAUAAGAGAUGCUGAGACUCAGGACGAGCGGAUUAAAACUAUACUUAACAGGGUAAAUUUUUUAACUGAAGAAAUCGAGGAAAUAAAAGGCGGAGGAGAAGCGAGCGUAGACACAGCAAGAAAAGAUGUGAUCCGUCCUGAAACCAGCUGGCAUGGGGUGCGUACCAGGAAGAGUACCGCCAGUGGUGUGAACAUAGAAUCUCGACUGGCUAAAUUGGAAUUUAGCAUGCAACAAAUACUGGAACUAAUAAUGUUGCAGAACCAGAAACAAGCUGCCAUUCUGGAAGCAAGUCAAAGCAUAAUGUCAAAUGCUGUGUCAAGCUCGCAACAGAAUACUGUGAAAUCACAGAUCACUACUAUCCACACAAAAGCAAGGAUGUCUCCAUACCCUGGUACAAUGAUCAAAAGAUGGAAGGUACCUGAUGACAAAGUCUUGUGGCAGCAUCCAUAUCCCGAGUACAAGCCUACUCUAUACACUGCACCAUUUGUUUUGUCCAAACCAUAUUGGGCUGAUAUUGAUCUCAUAUCAAUGUCCCCGCGUCCUGAAGUUAUGUACAAUGCAUAUGAUGAAGAAAAUAAAGUGAACCGAAUCAGUCAUAUUGGUUUUUACGAAGUUAUAGAAGGGUUGCCCAGAAACCCAUAUGGGCGUACCGGCAUGCGUGGAAGGGGAAGUCUUGGUAGAUUUGGUCCCAACCAUGCCGCUGAUCCUGUUGCUACCAGAUGGAAGCGUACGAGCUCUGGCAUUAUGUUGGAUAACAACGGCAAACGCGUGUUGGAAUUUAUCGCUAUCCAAAGAAGAGACAAUCAGCAAUGGGCAAUACCAGGAGGAAUGGUGGAGCCGGGAGAGCAUGUCUCAGAAACGUUGCGUAAGGAAUUUACAGAGGAGGCUUUGGCAAAACUGAACAUGAGUGAAGAGAAACGAAAGCAAAUAUCAGAUCGAAUUGCUUACUUAUUCAAAAAUGGAGUCGAGGUUUACAAAGGGUAUGUGGACGAUCCGAGAAACACAGAUCAUGCGUGGAUGGAAACAGUAGCAUGCAACUUCCAUGAUGACACUGGUGAAAUAUUUGGAGAGCUCCAGUUGCAAGCUGGCGAUGACGCACAAGCCGUGCGUUGGCAACGCGUCAGUGGCAACAUCCCUUUGUUUGCGAGUCACGUGGGAAUACUAGAGAAAGUGGCGAAAAUGCAUGGAGCUGCUUUUUAUUAGUUUUUUUAUCAGGCGUAAAUUAUUUAUUAUUUUCGAUCUUCCGAUCAAACAAAUUGUGAUUGGUUGAUCUUUGCAGCCAAUCAGGUUUCCCUAUAGCAAACGGUUUUUAAAAACAUGGCUGUUACAGUUAUGUGAAAACCAUCUUCUGUGGAGCGACGAGUAAUCAAAAUCUAUAGAUGGGGGAAAUACCUAUCAUCGUUGUUUUUACACAAUGGGAGUUAAUAAUAUUUUUCUCUAUGAUUAACGAAGUUAGGAGUGCGGCACUUUUUGAAUUGUGUUCUUUCGUGUCCAAAGAAAAACUUUUAAAGAAUUACGACCGCACCACAAAUUAACUUGUAUUUCUUCGCUUCAAAAAGACCGGAUGCUCUUUUUUCUUUUUGUAUUAAAACCAAAAUUGGUAUAAUUUAUUGGUUGUCAAUAAAUCGACUGUAUGUUAAUUAAGGCUUAAUGAGUUUGUCAGCAAUUAAUUAGCGCUGUCAUUUGGUAAUUAACUUCACCGCUCGUGUAAGUGAUCUUAUCAAUGUUAAAAAUAGAUUUUGUUGGAGACUCGUGUAAUUAGGAGGUUUAAUUACCCCUUUUUACAUCGAUGAAUGCGAGAUUGACCGCAAACAUAAAUUGGUUAUGAGUAGUAACAUUGGUAUUUGCCGGUUAACGAGUUUGGAAUUGUUUUUUUUUUUGUAUUGUUUUUUUUUUAUUUUCACGAACUUAUAUACAUAUUUACGCAUUCACAAAAGGUGUCCAGUGACUCGCAGUUGACAUUUAAUUGGCAUAGAAACAAUUAUUGCUCGUUUGUUUUUUACCUCGCCUACCUUAUAAUUUCCUUGUCAAUAUAUUUAAUAUUGUGUCCUUAUAUUAAAUAUCGCUCUGUGAGGGUUGGACAAUAUUUUGAUAUUCAAUUAAGGUUUAUAUUGAAAAUUGCAUCAUUUUUUCUCAUCGUGUAAUUUAAUAUGUCAUUUUGAAACGUGGCUUUGAACAUUGAACAUUUGAUUCUUGCUUUUGUGUUAUUUGUAGCAUGAGUUUAAGAAAUUGUUAUUUCAGUCUUGGGCGACCUGUUUGUAGGUUUGAAAUCUAAAUUAUACGAUUUUUUUCUCUGUAUUUUUUAAUUUUGAAUAAUUUCCCCUUUCGUGCCUAAAGGUAUAAUUAGGUAGAAUUAAGCUUUUCGAAUUAUACCCUGUAUAUAUUAUAUGUAAUACUUAUUUAUAUUUAUCAUUUUUAAUUUUUUUUUAAAAAUAAUUUUCCCCAUAUGAUGUACAAAUAUUGUUUCGUCUUUGGCUAAUUCGUAAUCUAAAAUUCGAACUGAAACUGAAUAUAUUUCAUUUUUUCAUAUAAAAAGCAAAUGAAAUUAGACUAGAAUCCUCUUUAAAAAUGUAAAAUAGCUAAUUUAACUAGCUUUUUUUUAUUUAUCAUUUGUAAAUAUUGUAAAUUGUGAGUGAAUUGAAAACUAUAAAUCUUUAACUGGAGAACUGUACUGUAUUGGUAUUUAACAGAAUAUAUAUAUAUAUAUAACAUUAACGAAGCUUCUCACAAAAGGAAAUUUGUUUUCAAACAUAUGACUUAAGAUAUAAACUUGCGUGAUUUUCUGUAUUCUUUGUGUAUUUACCACGAAACAAUUUUAUUGGCUAA